CUUUUCUUAAGUCAGAUUUAUUUAAAAUUAUACAGUUAAAAGUCUUUAAUUAAUAUUUGGAUAUUGUAGUAGUAGUUUUCGGUUUUAGUCCCAAGGCGGCAAGGGCAGCACCACACGGUAUUGUCGUCGUCGUCACACAUUCUUUAUCUUAUGAUAGCAUCGGCACAAGUUAGCCAUCGUUUUCAGCGCAAAUUAGUAGUGUUGUCAACGUGUCACGAAUUGGUUGGUUGUGAUUUGGAUAUAGUUUUAUAGAAAACGACUGAAACUUCUGGUUUCAACCUUCCUUGGUCCCAAAGAAACACACACCUACUCCCUUCAUUCUUUAUCCUCCUCUCCAGUCAUAUUAUUAAUACGCAUCUAAUCUUAAUGCAGUCUCAUCCAAUUUGCACUCAUAACCUCUUCUGCUUUUCUCUGAGUUUAACACAGAAUUUAUAUUUAUCAAUGGCAUCAUCAGCUGCGAUGUUCAUGCUCCCCUAUCCUCUAAUUCAGCAGGUAACAAGAAACAAUACUCUGCAGCCGCAAGGACAAGGCCAACCUUCAUCGCCGCAGAUUGUCGAAUGUCUUCUUCCUGCGAGAAACUCGUCCGAAAAUUCUGGUCGCUCGAAGUUUAGUCUUUGGCUAUUCGGCGAUCCCGCUACGUAUGACAAGAGGUUCCAAGAAGCUAUUGAACUUAGUUGCCUGUGAACGAGAUUUUCCAUUUUAUGCAUUUUUCGUAGUUUCCUCCUUUGUGUUUGUAUAUAAGCAUACUGUAACUUCUUCCGUAAUCUCACCCUGUGACGUAAUCUAUAUAAUAAUGGGUUCCAUCAAA